AUGGAGGAAGAGGUGAACAAUCAGAGUAAAGCGGCCGAGAAUGAACUCUCCAAGCGCUUAGUGGCCAUGCGGACUCUCAAAGCUUUUGAGGACGACCUCGCCAAGGCCAAGACUGCCCUAACAGACGCUAUCCGAGAUAGGGAUAGCGCCUUGGCGGGUUUAGCUAGCUCCCAAAAACAGGCCGAGGAUCAAACAAAACGUCUGCUGGAAGCCGAGGAUCAGUUGCGAAUAGCCAAGGAGUUGAUCAAUGAUUUAAAUAAAAGACUGAUCACGGCAGAGCAUGACAAAGGUGUGGCAGAGUAUGCCCGCGACGAAGCCAUGAGGGCCAAGCGGGAGGCCGAGUUUGCCAGAAACGAGGCUGAGGCUGCCAAGGAAACGGCCGAGGAUGAUGGUUAUAACGCGGGGGUAGCUGAAACCCAAACCAUCCUUAAAACCCAGAUUCUCGAACGUACGGAUCCCGAGGUACCCGAAGAGGCUGCCGAGCCUGUGGCCGGCACUCAGAUGCCUAAUGCUGAAGAGCCAGCCAUACUUGCCCAGCCCCUACAGGCAAUUUCCCUUGCUGUGGUCCCUCAGAGCACCGACGUCGAUCCUGCUCAGCCUUCCCCGGAAGGGACUGUCCUCCAGGGCACCGAAGUUGAUCCCGUUCCUCCUUCCCAGGACGUGGCCAAUGCAAAAUUAAAGAAGUAG